CAUUACAGCUGGUGCCAGGAAACGCUCCUCCUAGCUCUUCUUCCACGACGAGGAAAAAAGCCCAAUUUGAAACGCCGAAAGCGACCCCAUCUUCCUCGUUCAAAGCAAUCGUCCGUCCUCCCUUUUCCUCCUCCCCCUUUCCUCAGUUGCAAGCGUCCAAACCCCAGACACCAACUCCGCGGUUCUGCGAUCCGAAAGUCUCCAGACGCCCAGCCUCGAAGGUCGGCUACACUCCGGCGCGGCGUGCGGCGAUGGCGGUGGUGUCGGCGCUGGCCAAGUACAAGCUCGUGUUCCUGGGCGACCAGGCGGUGGGCAAGACGGCCAUCAUCACCCGCUUCAUGUACGACAAGUUCGACGACACCUACCAGGCGACGAUCGGGAUCGACUUCCUGUCCAAGACGAUGUACCUCGAAGACCGCACCGUUCGCCUCCAGCUCUGGGACACAGCUGGGCAGGAGAGGUUCCGCAGCCUGAUCCCGAGCUACAUCAGAGACUCCUCCGUGGCCGUCAUCGUUUACGAUGUCACCGACAGCCAAUCCUUCUUGAACACAUCAAAGUGGAUCGAGGAAGUAAACACACAAAGAGGUGGAGAUGUACUCAUCUUCCUCGUCGGAAAUAAAACUGACCUUGUUGACAAGAGGAAAGUGACCACUGGGGAAGGAGAAGCCAAGGCACAGGAGCAUGGUGCCAUGUUCAUAGAGACCAGUGCAAAAGCUGGGUUCAACGUCAAGCCUCUGUUCCGCAAGAUCGCUGGAUCCCUUCCAGGACUGGACGCGCUCUCGUCAGCAAAGCAUGAAGACAUGGUCGACAUAAACCUCAGACCUGCCAGCGGCUCAUCGGCGUCAGGCGCAGUCGCGCAGCUGGAGCAGAAAUCAGGUGGUUGCUCCUGUUGAGACUUCGACAGUUUUGUAGAACUGCAACAUUGAUCGAGUUAGUACUUUCAGAGAGAUGAAGAGUGGGUUUUCGUCCAGACGCCCAGUAGUGAUAUACUGAUAUCCAUAGAGAGAGGCCAAUUUCUGUGUACAGAUAUAUUUAUCAAGUUUAUAUACUAGUACAUAACUGUUUUGAAACCCAAGGGACAAAAAUCUGUGGAGUACACAAACACUGCGAAGAAAAGGUGGAAACUGCAUUAUGAAA